AUGGCCAGCAGCAGAUCAGUAAUAAUAAUCCAUCAAAUUAUAUUAUCCGGUUGUUCGUGGAUGGCGCCACCGCCGGCGGGAGCGGGACUGGUCGUCGUGUCGCUGCUGCUGGCCGCCGUCGCGUCGUCGGCCGGCGCCGCCAAGCUUAAGGCCCUGACGCCGGGCGGGCGCGUGGUGCACCACAACCAUGGCAAGUUCACGUGCGGCCCCUGGAAGGCGGCGCACGCGACCUUCUACGGCGGGCGCGACGGGUCCGGCACGACGGCGGGCGCGUGCGGGUACAAGGACACCCGGGCGGAGGGGUACGGCGUGCAGACGGUGGCCGUGAGCCCGGUGCUGUUCGGCGACGGCGCGGCGUGCGGCGGCUGCUACGAGGUGCGGUGCGUGGACAGCCCCGACGGGUGCAAGGCCGGCGCGGUGGUGGUGACGGCGACGAACCUGUGCCCGCCCAACUACCAGCAGUCGAGCGACAGCGGCGGGUGGUGCAACCCGCCGCGGGAGCACUUUGACCUGAGCAUGCCGGCGUUCCUGCAGAUCGCGCAGGAGAAGGCCGGCAUCGUGCCGGUGUCGUACCGGCGGGUGGCGUGCGCGAAGCAGGGCGGCAUCCGGUACACCGUCACCGGGAACAGGUACUUCAACAUGGUGACGGUGACCAACGUGGGCGGCGCCGGCGACCUGGCGGCGGUGUCGGUGAAGGGGAGCAAGCGCGUCGGGUGGACGGAGCUGAAGCGCAACUGGGGGCAGGUGUGGCAGACCGGGGAGGACCUCACCGGCGAGUCGCUGACGUUCCGGGUGAUGACCAGCGACCACCGCAAGGCCACCUCCUGGCACGUCCUCCCCACGGGCUGGCAAUUCGGCGUCACCUACCAGGCCGACAAGAACUUCUAGCUAGCUACCUACUCGUCGUCGUCGUCGUCGUCGUCAUUCCAUUAUGCAUUCCAUGCCUGAUCCACAGCCGCCAUUGCAGAUCGAUCACGAGCAUCUGCUAUAUGUAUAUCUCUGAUCCGCCUGUGUACUGAUCGACAUGCAUAGGCAAGGAUUUUUUUUUUUUGAGAUUACA